AUGAGACCGCAGACACACUCCUUCACAGCCGACUUUCCUCUUUCCCCUGCAAGGAAUGCUUCGAUCACCCCCUCAACUACGGUCGUCCUCUCGAGUGCACCUCAUACCCGGCACUCGCCUCUCAUGCAAGCGAUGUUCGAAAGUGAAAUUCAGUUGUACCCAGCUGGACAACUUGUUUGCCACCAGCCCGGGCUUGCGCCGGCUCUACCGCGAGAUAAAGAAAACCACCGACAACUGCGACCAGGAAGUUCAUCUAUCAGCUCCCAGACGACAACAGGGAGAUCAAAGUCCAGCCUCUACAACUGUAAAGCAACGUUAGAAGAACCUGCAGUUACCGACUGCGAACACACAAGAACGAGUCUUGAUGCUGUAACAAGCUAUAAUAUAAACAUCUUGACCAAUGAGCAACCCCAUACAAGCGACGAUACCUCAAUGUUUUAA